AUUAAAAACACCAAACAAAAUAUUUCCUGCCGAUAAAGGAAAGUCAAUGUUUUUGGACUGCAACCAGCGCCGCAUGUUACUCCAGAAGGGAUGUUGUCUUAAACAAAUGAAAUACGCUUCUUCGCAUCUCCCCCUAGUGGUCAUAAAAAGAAUACAAGUUUAGGGCGCUUCCAUAUCAGCUUUUUUGCUUUAUUGAGCAAGAAGAGUUCAAUUUUUUCAUCCAUAUCUCCAGCUUCACUUUUGUGAAAAUAAAAGAUAUGAUAUGAAAAUUAAUCUUCGACAUGUUUGCAUAACGUCACAGAUUAGAGAAGUUGUAAUUACACGCUUUGACCACUGUGUCAAAUUGAUACCAAACUUAGAGAACAAAAAACACCCACAUCUAAAUGGAAUGCAGCCGUAGCUCAUGUUGCUGUUAAUUCUGGUGUUUUUCCUGGUCUGACAUCAAGAUAUCAGCUGUCAAAAUCUGCACAUUACCACAGACAGGAAGUUAGACUUUAAAUAAGCCUAUGAGUAAGAAAGUGUUUUUGGUGUGACUUGACAUUUCAGAUCAGCUCUAAAUACUCAUCAUUUGAGUGAGAGGCUGUUUAUUUUCCGUGUGUGUGUGGGUGUGUGUAUUUUUGGGCUGCGCUCUUCUCAGAAUGACCCCGGCUAUCACAGAAUUCCCUGAAUGAGUCUGUAUCACAGGAAUACAGCCAGCAGAGAAAAACAGAAAAGGAGUGACUUGAAGCACUGUCCCCCUCUCAUCUCUGUCCUCUUCAGUCUACCACACACACACACACACAGUCAUAGCCAGCAGUGGUGAAGCAAGGUUUCUGUGAAAUGGGUAAACACACGUCAGUGGUCUGACUGGGGUCACUCACCCAGUCUGAAGUCGAGUCCUCUCUUCAUGAAUCACCAAAGGGGCAGGAAACUGACUGACCGGUGAAAAUGCAUGCUUCCUAUUUGCUGAGUUUGUCUGGCUUUAUAAUGGGUCCUAUGCCUUUUAAUCCGUAUGAUGUUUCUUUAAAAGCCUCUGUUUAUCCUUCCGCCCACCCUUGUCUCUUUAGCCGCAACCACACAUCCCCUUUUCACUUCCGGCUGGGGAUCAAUAACCUCCCUGACCAUGCUGCAUCUGCCCUCUGGACCUCUGGAGAGCAUGCCAACAAACACCGACACAGUUUCAAAGUCUUUCUCAGCCCACCACCGACACCUAAGGGUAGCUUGGAGUCUGAGACCACCCAAGGGCUCAGGAGACUGCACACCGUGAGGCCUGGGUGGCUGGAUGCACUGAAGGAUGGCCGUGUUUUGGAAAGCAAUAACAGGUGGACUGCUGCUCGCUUUGCUCGGGUGGAGAGCUGAGGGUCAGGAGAACAGAGCGGGUAAGGUAUGUUCACCUGCAAAGACGUUGUUGUUAAACUUUGAAUGAAUAGCUUGAAGCAUUUUUAAAAUAAUCCAAUAUUUCUAAGAACUUAACAUUGAAUAUAAACUUUUAAAAAUGCAUUUUGCAGAUCUUGUUGUCUUCUGGCAACAUCAUAAAUCACAGCCUCAUUAAACCCUAAUGCUCAGGUCCCAUAUGCAAACACUACAUUUAGAGAAAAAGGUUUCUCUCUUCGUUAUUGCACCAUGUAGGUUCAGCUAUUCCUGCUGAUUUAACCGUGCUUUGCUCUCUUUGUCUUGUUACUAAUUCCUUAUAUAAGCAUAGAUUCUUUUUUAAAUCCCAUAAUGAUCCCUUAAGAGUAAAAUGAAUAUAAAUACAUGAAGCGGUGAAGUUAGAAUAAGGGUCCUCAAACCCUAACCCUAACCCUCUGGAUUCAAUUUAUAGAUUAUAAUAUGCUUUAAUUUAGACUUCCUGUGGAAACCUUUGUGCGUAAGAAUCAUGAAUCAUGAUGUGCAGCCAAUCAACUUUUAUUAUCUGCAGUUCCUGAGUUACCCAGCAUGCUCUUCUGAAAAUGUGAACAGACUUAGAACUUUGCUCUGUUUGUGGGCGGACAAAUAAUCACAACUCAAUGAACUGUUCUUACGUCACUGAGUGAUUUCUUCUCCUCUUAUCAUUUUAGAUUUAAAGCAACCUCGCACAGCUGUUAAAUGGUUCCACUUUAUAAAGAUGAAAUCAUUAAAACCAUUUUAAACCACAAUGAUAAAACACAACUCUGACGUUAACUGGAUGUGAAAUGCGCGGAGUGAAGAGCUCCAGCGAUAGUUUAGCCUUGAAUGAGUAAUUUAUGAACUCUGUGUCUCCUAGAAAGAAGUAUCGGGGAGAUCUACCCUCAAUCUGGGCCAGGAGAGAGACAUCUGGAGGCCGCUGAUCCACACAGCAGUCAACCUCAGUGAGAUCAGCAGGUGCGUCAUCAGGAGGGAAUGUAUUGUGUAGGCUGCGUAUCAGCUGCUCAAUGAAUAUUAAACGGGAAAUGAAGCUAAAAAGGCUCUUACAUAUUUGAAAAUUUAGAUUCGAGGAAGCGUUUGGCCUUGAUCUCUCUAAUCGCAUGUAUAAUGUAACCUCUCAUUAUACUUUCUUUUUCCAGACGUAGACCCCAGAACAUCCUGUUCUCUUCCUUUCUAUCAGCCACAAAUUAUUGUUGGUCAGCAUUAGGAUUUAACAAGUAACCCAAGAAAAAGUUUAAAAACACAGGAAUCUUUCUUGUAUCUCUAGGUGAUCAUCAUCUCUGGAAUUAAAGGCUAAACUGCUCUGUUUUCCUGUUAUUGCAGUAUAAAAUCAACCUUUCAGUUCAGGACGUUCGACCCAGAAGGUGCCAUUUUUUAUGGUGACACCAAAGGAGGAGACGACUGGUUUGUUUUGUCCCUGAAGGACGGGCUGCCUUUGAUGCAAAUCAGCAAAGAAGACAUGCUGGUCAGCGUGACUGGUGGCCCCAAGCUUAAUGACGGGAAGUGGCACACAGUGAGUCACCUGUGUAGUUAAAUUUGUGAGUCAGACGAGAGACAAUAUCCUGAAGUAUCUCAGGGAAAUAAAAGAUUAAAUGGCUUUCAUUAUAAUGAUAACCAUUAAGUAUAUUAGAUACAGUGUAUAGUGUUUAAAAUUGGUCACCAUGUGUUUGCAAUAUGGAUACUCACACUCUGAAUUUUCCUCUUGUGCUUCUGGUGCCACCAAGCUGGAGGUGAGCAACCAAGGGAAGUUUGUGGUUCUGGAGGUGGACGGCUCCAGUGGACUGGUGGUGGGCAUGCAGUCUAAAAAGGAAGAGCUGCCUAUUUCGAGUGAACUCCGACUGGCCCUGGGUGGGGUCCUGAUAGGGCCAGAAAAGUUAAUUGUUCAGGUACGGCCUGCCACCUAUUAACCCUAAAAUAACUUCUUUUUGCAUUUCAUCUGAUUUAAUUUAUUAGAUUAGGAUAUCGUAUUGUAUUGUAUUGUAUCGUAUUGAAUCGUAUCAUACCGUACCAUAUUGUAGCGUACUGUAACAUGUCACACCGUCCCCUAAAGUAUCGUAUCGUAUUGAAUCAUAUCGUAUCUUACCAUACUGUAUCUUAUUGUAGCUAUCGUAUCGUAUUGCAUCGUAUCGUAUUGUAUCAUGUCACAUUGUGUCAUGUCACAUUGUGUCAUGGAGUAUUGUAUUGUGUUGUAUCAUACUGAAUCGUAUCGUAUCAUAUCGUAACAUAUUGUAUCAUACUGUAUCAUGUCACACCGUCCCCUAAAGUAUCGUAUCGUAUUGAACCGUAUCGUAUCGUACCAUAUCAUAGCUUAUCGUAUCGUAUUGUAUGAUAUUGUAUCAUGUCACAUCGUGUCAUAAAAUAUCGUAUUGCAUUGUAUCGUAUUGAAUCGUAUCAUAUCGUACCAUAUUGUAUCGUACUGUAUCAUGUCACAUCAUGUCCUGAAGUAUCGUAUCUUAACGUGCCAUAUUGUAUUGUAUCGUAUCGUAUCGUAGCUUAUUGUAUCGUCUUGAGUCAUAUUGUUUCAUAUUGUAUCGUAAUGUAUCGUAUCGACUUCUGUUGUAUAAUAUAAUUUGUAUCAAAUUAAAUACCUCAGAAUAACUCAUAAGAUUCUUUCAUAGUUUCACUACUUGCAAUUUGGAGGUCUGAAAGAGCUGCCUUUGGACUCAUUAUGUAGCCAUGACAACCUCAGCAAACACUGAGCUUCAUUCAUGAUUCUUGAGUUGCUGUUGUUUUGAAUUGCAUCGCUGUCUGGUUAAUUGAGGUCUUACCGUUCCGGCCUCCCAGUUUUAUGUGAAAUUUCUGAGUACCAUUCCAAAUAUGAGCCUAAAGGAGCCAUUUCCUGUUCAAUUGAAGGACUCUGAUCAGAAAUACCUUUGAGGUAUGACUAAGUGUCAACAUUUGGUCAGAUAUUUUUAGAAACAAAACCGAUAGUAGGGUCAACAGCAAGGAGCCGUACAACACAAACAGAACAGCACUGCGAGGGAGUUGGAUUUUUUUGUUGGUCACUUUUUUAAGUGACAAAGCGGUUCAUAAAAUUGUUUUUAAAAUCUCUACCGUGUCACAUGUUUCUGUUUUUUCACCCAUGCCCUCACUUGCAGUUCAUUCCAGUAAUUGCAUUCUUUGCUUUAGUUUGAGCCGCAGAUGGACGGCUGUGUGCGGGAAGGCAGCUGGCUGAACCUCAGUGUCCCCUGGGAGGCCGUAACAGAGGAGCUCUGGCCCUGUUACCAAAAUGUCCGACCCGGCAGCUACUUCUCUGGCAUGGGUUUUGCAGUUUUCAACACUUCAGGUGGGAGCACUGUGCUUGACUAUUCGAGAUUUCAGGGAAUGCCAACAUUCCUUCCAACAUGGAGCUUCCCAACAGGCCUGUUUGAUGCAUUCUUGGGUUGUAGUUUUGUUUUCUUUUAUUCAAAUAUUCAGAAAUAUUUUUUGACACAUUCUUCUGUCCUCCACAGUUUUUCCCAUCAAGGCAGAUGAUGGGGUAACAUUUGAACUUUGGGGGGAUUUGACUAACAUGGAUGGGACCAUUAUGAGCAUCAAGGCUCCUGAACAACAGCUCAUGUUUGCUAUAGUAGCCAAUAAAAACACAAAGGUAUGCACAAAACACAAACUGGAGUCCAGCUGACUGAUCUGUAGCAUGUUUUUUUAGCUGCUCAGAGCACUGUGAGGGAACUCUGAAUUUAUUUACUGAUUUAUGUGAAGGUCUUUCUUUUAUUUCUCUCUUGAACUUCCAGGAGGUCACUCUUACUUUUGGCGUAGAACAAUUUACAAUGACAGACGCCUUCGAGAGACUGGUGAUAACCUUUCAGACAGAUUUAAUGCAAGUGAUUCAAGUUGGAGAUGAAUCAAAGACCACAAGGUUCCCUAUAAGUCCAACAGACCAGCCUGCUUAUUUAAGUGCAUGGGCAGAGGGCCAUCUGGCUUUUGGUGGGCUCUUAGGUGAGAAAUAAACAAUUAUUUGACCUGUUUUUUCCCCUUUAAGUUAAGUUGCAUCAUUGCUUUCCAUACUGGGGGAUUUGUUUGGCAGAUAUGGUCUAAACAGCGUCAAAAUAAUGUUUCUUAUGCUUUCUUCAUUUUCACUUUCCAGGUGAGGGCGAGGACAACACUGGCUCACAGUUUUUGACAGGCUGUCUGGAGAGGAUCCAGGUUCAAGCGAGGGAUUUGGACCUGGAUUUUGCUGUCAAACACUCUUCAAUCUCCUCACAUAGCUGCCCAGAAUAAAAAAAAACAUAGGAAGUAUGCAUUAUGUGACUUUAUGUGGCGUAAACAUUUGCAGCAGACGACUAAAAAUAUGUCUGUCAAGUGCAAAACGUUCAAUAUAUCACUGUGAAAAGCACAUCUUGACCAAAAAUAAUCAAUAAAUUCUUUUUAAGCCAUCAAUAAACUUUUGAAUUUUCUUUCCUGUAACCAUUUUCAACAAUGUUGUUGUAUGAUUUUGACAGAUGUGAAUACUUUUGGAGACUUAGAGCUUAAUUUUUCAAAAUAAAUAUGUUCCUUAUGAAAAUGGUCA